CACCUAAUAAGUACUGGCACUGAUAAGAUAUAGGCGAUAGUAUUGAAGUGUUAUAUUAUAAUCAUCGCAAAUAUGUAACUUUUGAUUAAAUCAACUCGUAGAUAAAAUUUCUUUGAUAUUUGGUUAAUUACAGGUUAUAUAAAAAUUUUCGUUCCAGAUGCUCACAAUAAGUAAUAAAAGUGCGGUAAAAUGAAGUUUUUGAUACUCUUAACUCUACUGAGUUUUUCGCAAUGCUACAAAAUACUCGUCGUGUUUCCGUUGCCUUCGAAAAGCCAUUAUUUCCUUGGAAACGCCAUUGGACGAGGCCUCGCGAACGCUGGACAUGAUGUAACUGUAGUUGCAGCAUUCGAAGACAAAAGUGCUCCCAAAAACUACAGAAGUGUAGUUUUAGAUGACUUAGGAGAACCAUUUGCAGGAGGACAGAAAUUUAAUCCCGCUGAGAUGGGCGACAAGCAUCCUUGGUUCAUGAUGCUGUUCGCUUUCAACGGAUUGGGAAAAAUGAUGAGCGAUAAAAUAAUCACCGAUAAAAAUUUCCAAAAAAUACUAAACGAACGAUUCGAUGUCCUUAUCAUCGAGCAAUUCAGAACCGACGCUUUGAAAGUACUGGGUUGUCAUUUCGACGCUCCCGUUAUCCUGGUCAGUUCAAUCGGAGUGCACACGUGGAUUGUUGCGGAUACCGGUAGUCCAAUACCGCCUUCUUACGUCGCCGACAUGUCUCUCAGUUACUCCAACACCAUGAAUUUGUGGGAGAGAAUGUUCAAUUCGCUAUCCGUAUUCGUUUAUUACCUCAACAGCCAUUUCAUAUUCUACCCUGGACAGAAGGAGAUAGCCCAAAAGCACUUCCCGAAAUGCGCGAAUAACGAGCUAAUCAUAAACAACGUAUCCCUCUACUUCUUAAAUUCCCACGAGAGCACCAACGAACCGGUUCCUUCGGUACCCAAUAUGAUAAACAUCGGGGGUUAUCACGUCAGCCCUCCUAAGGAACUACCGGUAGAUCUGAAGGCUUUCUUGGAUAACGCGAAAGAAGGAGUUAUUUAUUUCAGUAUGGGUUCCGCUAUACAAUUUUCAACACUGAAUCCCGAGACCAGGAAAGCUAUAAUUCGAGCACUGAGAGAUAUUAAACUAAAAGUUUUGUGGAAAUACGAUGGGGACACGCUUCCAGACAAACCGGAAAAUGUGAGAAUUGGAAAAUGGUUUCCACAAGCUGAUAUUUUAGCUCAUCCGAAUGUAAAAUUGUUCAUUACACAUGGAGGAUUGUUGAGUACUCUCGAAACAAUUUAUCACGGCGUUCCAAUAUUGGCUUUGCCAGUUUUCGGAGACCAAAGGAUGAAUGCAGCGAAAGCUGAAGUUCUCGGUUACGGAUUGAAAAUAGAUUUUUUCGAAUUGACUGAGAAAUCAUUCAGAGACGCCUUAGAUAAAUUACUAAACGAUCCAAAAUACAUGAAUAAUGCUAAAAGGAGAUCCGUCCUUUUCCACGACAGACCAAUGAAACCUAUAGACACAAUGGUUUAUUGGACUGAAUAUGUAGCUAGACAUAGAGGAGCUCCUCAUUUAAGAGUUGCUGGGUUGGAUUUACCUUGGUACAAAUAUUUUCUAGUAGAUGUUAUAGUUAUCUUUGUAUUGUUACCUAUAACUUUCCUUUAUUUGAUCUGCAAAAGGUUGUGUUGUACGCGAAAAGACAAAAGGAAGAACAAGAGAAAGAACGACUGAGAAAAUUUCACUAUUAUAUGUAGUGUUAAACGAGUUUGUAUGUAGCUAAUUACUAUUUUUCUGUGAUUAUUCUUUCAAUAGAAAAAUUUCUAAGGUUCUAAAGAUUUCAAUUUUAUGUUCACUGCUUCAGUACAUUCAUAAUCCUGGCAAUCAUGUUUGCAGACUGAGUCGAUAGAGUCGAGGAAUUGACAUUUCUAAAUUCCCAUCUUAACGAAAGUUGCUUCCACACUCUCUCCGCAUUCAAACCCAUGGGGUUUUGGAGCAACUCCAACCAAUUAGGUCGCCAUUUACCCGAUAACAGCUACAAAAAAAUAAUUAGAAAUUAAGUUUAUCGGGCGAUUUAUUACUUACCUCAUCAAAAGGUCGAUAACCAAUAUUAAACAUAGUGUGAAGCAAAGACAAAGGUUUUAUAGCCGCUCUAUCAGGCUUUAUAACGUCCUCUUCGGUGCUUAUGCCUAGUUGUUGAUAGAAAUAUUCCGC